UUAAUAUAUACGUCGCACGAUGCUGAAUCCACACCAAUACUUUUUACAGUUUAUUUUUGCAAAAAUUGAGAUCUGGGGUCAAGCGAACGUUUGCAGGAAUCGUGGAAUUUCCAAUCAGCAACGCACAGCACGCAGUUCGUUUGAAACCGUUGCGCCCAGACAAACAUGCGGAUAUUGGAUACUUGAUCAAUUCAUUCGGAAUUCGGACCAGUGCGGGCAUUCGCGUUUGAAAAAAUACGUGACCGAGUGUGACGAAUACUACGGAAUAUAUACGACGGAUAACAGAAGCGGUAUUGCACAAAAACGGUUUGUGAAUGUACAAUUAAACGAAUCAACCUUACGCAAGAAAAACAAAGUUCGUGCUACGUCGAACGCGUGCUGCCGUUUGUAAAUAUUCAUGGCACAUGAAUCGGCAACUUUGGAGCAAUAUCACGACCGAUCGGCGCUAAAUCUACGCGUCUUUCGUGUGUGCGUUAGACGCUCACGUGCAGUGUAUGGUGAUCAGGAUUUUAAAUUGCGAAAGUGAACGCUAAUGCAGUUUGAGUCACCUCGUGUCAUAGAAUCGAUACAGUA